AGUUGUUGCACUCCGUGAAGAAACAAUAAUAAAYCUGAAAAGAUGUCUGGCCGUGGAAAAGGUAAAGCUAAGGGYACYAAGUCCAAGACUCGAUCAUCCCGUGCWGGGCUUCAGUUCCCUGUCGGUCGUAUCCAUCGUCAUCUCCGCAAAGGUAACUACGCUCAGCGAGUUGGUGCUGGUGCUCCAGUCUACUUGGCUGCUGUACUUGAGUACCUCAGUGCUGAAAUCCUCGAGUUGGCCGGCAACGCUGCCCGAGACAACAAGAAAACCAGGAUCAUUCCCCGUCAUUUGCAGUUGGCUGUUAGAAAUGACGAAGAGUUGAACAAGCUUCUUGGUGGAGUCACCAUUGCUCAAGGUGGUGUUCUUCCUAACAUCCAAGCAGUUCUUCUGCCCAAAAAGGCCGAAAAGAAGUCGUCAUAAAGCAGAUUUAUGCUGCGCCAACAAAACAACGGCUCUUUUAGGAGCCACCACAUGAAUCGAAA